CAAAACAAUCGCACCACCUAUCCAGCGUAAAAACAAAAUAUUUAAGUGUGCUGGAUAUAGUUUACCAUUAAAAAGAAUUUACCAAACUACCGACCAUGACGACCGCUGCACGCCCAACGUUUGAUCCCGCACGCGGUGGUAGUGGCCGGGGCGAGAAGGAUCUGAGCGCCCUCUCCAAACAGUACAGUAGUCGAGAUCUGCCAGGCCACACGAAGCUAAAGUACCGCGACCAAGGGCAGAGCACCAGCGAAGAGCUGCGCAACCGGGACUUCCGCGAGGAGCUCGAAAAGCGUGAACGCGAUAACAAACAAGGCAAGGGAUCGGCGGUUCCGACGGCACGCCGCGCUUUGGAGCAAGGUUCGGGCAGUGUGAGCGGUAGCACCAAGCGACAGAAGUUGGAGGCACCACAAAACCUCGAUGCAGAUGAUCCAGUGGAUAGCGAAAACUCAGACACAGAUUCGGACGAGGAUGAUACGGCGGCUUUGUUGGCGGAGCUGAACAAAAUUAAGCAAGAGCGUGCGGCCGAGACGGCAAAAAAAGAACGAAGCAAACAGCAGGAAGAGGAACGAAUCCGGAUGGAAAACAUACUGUCGGGAAAUCCGCUGUUGAACUACUCCGCCACCGCCAAAGCAGAAAUGAAGGUAAAACGGCGUUGGGAUGAUGAUGUCGUGUUUAAAAAUUGUGCCCGUUCUGAGCCGGAAAAGAAGUCGAACCAGUUCGUGAAUGAUUCAUUGCGUUCGGAUUUUCACAAGAAGUUUAUGGAUAAAUAUAUUAAGUAAGGGUACUGUACAAAGAGUAAAUAAAUAAGAUACUUUUUCACCUCCCGUCACAAGGGCUUGCGACAAAUAAAUGGUGGAUUUUUCGU